GACCGAGCUCCUGCUGGACCGAGCCUUCCCCGAGCCCGGUACCCUGAGGAUGACUGGCCGAGCCUUCCCCGAGCCCGGUACCCUAAGGACUGGCCGAGCCUUCCCCGAGCCUGGUACCCUGAGGAGCUGCUCGAGCGUCCCCUCGACCCGAGUCCUGAGGAGCAGCCCGACCUAGCCAGCCCUCAGCACGUCGAGGAGCCCAUGGUGUGGGACCCAGCGCCGGACACCAGAGAUGAGCAGUGUAACUGGGAAGGUGCAGUGAUGACACGACGCUGCUGGCUGGCCGGGCACAGCGGGGUGUGGGGAGAGCCCAGCUACCCCAAACCCAACAUCUCCCUGAGCCCCAGCGGGGGGGUCUCCCUGGGGGGAGCCGUGACUGUCCAGUGUUGCGGCCAGCACCAGGGCCUGCAGUUCGUGCUGAAUAAAGAGGGACGCCAUCUCCAAAGUGUGAAUUCGGACUAUCUCGCUCUGUUUCACAUCAACAACGUGAACCGGGAGCACGGCGGGAUCUACAGCUGCUCCUAUCACAGCCAAUCGGAGCUGUCUGCCGUGUCAGACCCCAGCGACCCCAUGGAGCUGGUGGUGAGAGAUCCCAGCUUACCCAGACCCUCCAUCUCCCUAAGCCCCACCGGGGUCACCGCCCCAGGGGCAGACGUCACCAUC